CCAUAUUGGAAAAAUGCAAAUCUCUGUAAACUGUGACGAUUCUGCGGCGGGAGUGACAAGGAUUUAAUAAGAAUUUGAUUAUUUACCCACCUUUCAUUUAUGAGUUGGGUUUUCUCGGCUGCAAUGAAUGCAUUGCUGAUGAAUUACUCGGUUUUGUUUUGUAUAUAAAGUUUGCGUUUGUUUGAAUCAAAGUUUGCUAGAAUCAAAAUGGCCUCAAAAUUACGAGCCAGCAAGGGAAAAGCCUCUGUUUAUCUCCAAAGAGGAAUGAGCGAGGAAAUUGGCUAUGAAGAUGUGCUGCUUGCUCAGUGCAUGGACAAAAUCCAAAAGAGUUCUCCUGUUCGUAAAGAAAGGGAAGCAAAGUUGUCUCCAUAUGCAGUAUCAACGCACACACACAGCAGUACUCAGUUAAAGAGACCAAAGUCAGCGAUAUUGUCUCAUAAAGGAAAAUCAAAAAGUACUCCUCACACUGUGAUUGGCUGGGCUGACAAAACAGACUGGAUGAUGACAGAGCCACGUCCAAAACAGCACACCCGCCCUGUAUCAGCUCCUGCUACCAGGAAUAGGUCAGGCUCAAUUAGCUCAGGAACUUCAUCCUUUUCCAGAAAAUCAUCAGUGUCUAGUUCAGCAAGUGGCAAGAAGAAAAAACCAUUGUAUAAGAAAAAACCUCCACUAAUUUGUGUCAGAGCAUUUCAGAAUGGAAACAGAGAUAACUAUGCCAGAAUUGCAGUUCCAGAUCUCACUCAGCUCCUUGAUGCCUGCACUGACAAACUGGGACUUGUGUCUGCAGCAAGGAAGCUCUUUCUAUCUGAUGGCACAGUUGUUACUCAUCCUAGACAACUUUCACGAGAUAUGGAUGUUUAUGUGUCUUGUGGGGAGGCUUUCAGAGAUCCUUAUGCUUCUAUAUUAGACAGAGAAGAGCUGCGCAGGUCUGCUUCUUGGACACUGAGUGGGAUAGUUUUACCUGAGGAUCGCUCCAGAGGUCGCACAAAGCCAUCUCUCUCCAAGAGAAUGCAAUCGCUUGUGGAAAGUCAAAAGAGAAGAAUAUUGGUGUUUAGGAACGGUGAGAGCUCUGAUGGAGUGGAAAUAGUUGCUGGGAGAUUUGACGAGUUCUUGGAUGACUGCACAAAGAAAUUAAACUUGGAGUCUGGGGCUAGAUUAUUGUUUGAUUGGCAGGGAAAGGAGAUCAAGAGUUUUUCAGAAGUACCAGUACUGGACAGAGUUCUUCAGCCAUCAGUCAGUGUUAUUUUAGGACCAGUUUGGGUGACCAGGGGAGGGGAGAGAUUCAGUCCUAAAGGAGCUUAUCAUUUUAUCACAACACUUUUGCUGAGCACCAAGGACAGAUUAAAGCAAAGCAAAGUUUACAAGAAAGAGCUUCAAAAAUGUCUGAAAGGUGAAGAAGUUGUCUCCAAAGAAAUAAUGGCCAUGAGUGAAGCAGAGAUUGAAAAUGAAAUAAAGGAGGUUGACCAGCACAUAACAGACCUUUCAAGUGUGAUACCAACACUACAGUCUCAUCUGGGUUUGGUGGAAGCAGCAUCGCAUGAAGAGGUAUCAGCAGUAUUGGAAAACUACAGAUAUCAGCACUUGUCACAAAUUGCCCCUGAGAGCAGACUGCUAGGAAAACAGGGACUGAAACUAAAGGUAUAUGAAAAUGGUUCUGCGGGUGAUGGGGUGAUAGUUUACUUCAAUCUACAUGAAGCAGAGAAAGGGAUUCAGGGUGACAAGGCGUUAAUGCAUCGUUUUCUCGACGCAUGUACCAGCUGUCAGAAGGUGUCUGAUAGCAGCGGUGGGCCAGCUGGGAGGAGGAUCGCCAAAAGGGUGUUCACUAGGGAAGGAGAGGAGAUCACUGAUGUACACGAUUUGACGUAUGAUCAACACAUAUGGUUGUCAUAUGGGGAGGACUUUAAACCGCCUCAUGUUGUUGUUCUUCAGCUGUGCUUAGACAAAGCUACAUGUUUGUCACUGUGGGGUGAGAAGGAGAUGGUUCAAAGAGAGAGUUUUGAUGAUGAAGGCAAAGGCAAGGAAAAAGCUUCUCUCUGGAGAGCAGUUAAUGGCUUUCCGUCGGGCAGCAAACGUCACCUCGUCAAUCUGCUAAAUCCUGGUAGUGAACUCUCACAAGCUCAAAAUCUGCAGAUGAUGCGGGUGGACGAGAAUGGCUGUUUCCUACAGUAUAAAGAGAACAAGAACCUGGUGCUUUACCCAGAACUUUCUGUGACAGAAAAGAGGAAGAAAGGAGAUAAAGUUUCUUGGCUUCCUGAUCCACAAGGAUGGGUUGUAACACAGAGUGGUUUGAUUCACAGUAAGGCCAUGCCACAGUUAGCGUUGUCCAGGUCAGAACAUGCCAUUACUGUGACAAAUGGAGAUACAGUUGUGGAAGGUUAUCCUGUGGUAGUUGCAAAAAGGAAUCCUAGUGACCCCAAUCAACAGUGGGGAUUCAGUCCUACAGGACAGAUCUACUCCCUCUCAAAACCAAGUCAUGUGUUGACAUAUAUUGGAGACCGAGAUGUUAAAGAUAUUGAUUCAGAUAAAAAGCCAUCAAAUGCCAACCUUCAAGAGCAAGAGGCAUCAUCUGGCUUGGAAAAUUUAAAUUUAAUGGAUGAAUUUGGACUGGGGGAUCAGAUUUUCCUCGCAGAGGGUGCUAGCAUGGAGCUCAGCCCAUCUCCAUCUGAUGGGACGGAGGAGAAGACUGAGGCAGGGCUUGGACAACUUAAAGAUGAGUUUCUUGGUAAAAAAUACUCAGUUGUACUUUUGCCCAAAAAGCAUGGUGAUGGCACUCAAAGAUGGGCCAUGAAACAAGAAGAUUUGUCCAAUAUUGGUCAGUGGAAAUAUUCAACUGUUUCUAAUCCUGAGUGGAAUAAGAGAGCACUUUCCUGGCCAGUCAAUGAGGAUGGAACAUGGAACACUGAUUUUACUUGGCCCAUGGAGGGUUUCUUGCUACCUUUUGCUCCACCAGUCAAGAAGGCCACACAAAAGAAAGUCAUCACAGCAGGAACCCCAGCCAGAUUACGAGUGUUGAAAAAUGGGGAAUCAGAUCACUGCAGAGCUGUUAUAGUUGUUGGUCCAGACUUGACAAAUAUGUUACAUGAUGUCAAUGGCACAAGUCCAAAGAGCCCUUUGAAAAAACACAAAAGGAGAGCUACUUUGGGCAAACAUGAACAUUCUGGUGAAGACUUAGCUGGUUCUUGUCAUCCACUUGAUCACAAACGACUUGAGCUAGAUCUGUUCCUUGAUAGAUGCACUGAAGCAGUUGGUUUGCCGUUUGCCGCACGAAGACUUUACACUGAAGACGGCAAAGAAGUUGUUAGUCUAUCAGAGCUGGAGAGGAAUCAACUGGUCUACGUCACAUGCGGCGAACCCUGGAACGAUCCACAGCUGUCUUACUCUGAGCAACAAAGAAGAGCAGUGCUAGCAAACCUGGCAGCUGAUAUCUCUCACAUUAGGCAGUUCUGUGCCUUGAGGGAACCUUCAGACUUCGUCCUUCAAGUUGAUGGAUCUGUUACCACUGGUUCUCGUGUAUGUGUAGCGCAAUGUGCCCUGAGCUCUGAUGAACGAGAAAAACUGGCCUCCGAGAAAACUGACCAAGAAUUAUCUGUGGAAGAAGAAAGUCGUGAGGACAUGUACAGCCAUGUUUUAAAUGCUCACGAACGAUCUCAUAUCAGAGCUGAACAGCGCCUGAAGACCUUACGAUGGCCGUGGGAAAAUGAGAAGACUUUUAAGGAUGACCCAUCAGUAGACGAUAAGGAUGACGAAGACUUCUUCGAUGAAGUGAUGUUCUCUGAUCGACAGCUGCAGAGGAAAUUUAGACGCCAGGUUCUUAAGACUCAGGAUGCCAAGCCAGCCGACCCUUGCCAACGACAGAGGUGGUCUUUAAAUAAUGAUGGCUUUAUCAGCCUUAAGGGAACCCCCCUGGUGUUAGGACUCACUGAUUCUGCUAAUGAGGGAAAAGCUGAAGUUAUUCUUUGUAAAAAGAAGGUGGAGGAUUUUACUCAGAGAUGGGUUAUUGCUGAAGAUGGUUCCAUAUACCAGCGCUCCAACCCGCAGCUUGUGUUAACAGUCACCACCCCUCCUCUGGGGAAUGAUCCAUUUAACCUAGACUACUCCCCAGCGCAAGGUUUUGAAGGAGCAGCAGUGAUUGUCGCACAUCGUAAGGGCUGCGCUAAUGGGAAUGCCAGUCAGUUGUGGAGAUAUGAUCCUAUAACUGGAUUUGUAGAGGCUUUUUCUGCAGAUACGACAAACAGAGAAAUUACUGCUGCUAACAAGUCUAACGUGUGUACAUUCGCUGUGCUUGGACCUCAGCAAGUUCCACAGCCUGGCUAUGUGUACAUGGCUGGUACAUCUAAAGAAACUUACCUGUGUGAAGCUUGCGGGAAGGUGUCAAGAGGGAGACACAAGCUACAGAGACUUCAUCAGUAUCACAGAGGCUUUGCCUGUGCGUUAGGAACAGCACAAGAGAAAGGGUUUAGGCUGAGCAGUUGUUUCAAGUGCUUGAACAGCAAGGUUGACCUAUCAACUCUUGAAGCAGAAGCCACACUGGACUUGUGGGAGCAUCAACUUGUGAGACUUAGGAAUGAAGGCAGCGUACGGACCAUAACUCGCGAGCUGCACAUGGCUCAGAGUGUCCCUGCCGUCAGAAUAAGGGCCUUUAAGAACGGCGAAGGAAGCAGGGGGCAUGGGGAGAUUAUGAUUGGCUCGAGUAUUCACGCGCUACUUGAUCAGUGCACGGUGAGACUUGGACUGGCUUCAGCUGCUCGCCGCUUGUACACUUGUUGUGGGGAACUGAUCACUGACGUACAGCAGCUUAUCAGACCAUAUGCUAUGAGGAAUGAGCAGGACAACGACACAGAAACACAACAACUGAAUGCUAACUUCGACAGCAAAACUAACAAGAUCCCUGAAGAGCGAUUGGUUCAUGAUGGUCAUGAUGUUCAUGAUGGUCAUGCAGUAGACGUUGUGGAAGCAGAAAACCGCCCUUUUUCCAAAACCAAGGAGUCAAGAUCAACUGCAGCCGAAGAAAGGGAGAAAGAACUGUUAGAGACAGAAGCUUUUGACAAGUUAAACAUCUCGGACAGUGAACACGAAGAUGAACAGUCCUCAGGGAAUGUGACGUUCCGAAUCAGUGAAGGCCGCACUGGUCCUGUGCCGAUCAUAAACAGGAAAGAUCAACAUGGUUUUCCCAGAUGGGACGCUCGGUGGCCUAUUGAUGUCUGGGUGUCCUGUGGUGAACCGUUUGUGCCUUUGGAAGAGGCUGAAAAGCAGUAUCUACUGUCGAUGAAACACAGAGAAGAGAGAACCUGGGUUCAAGCGUACCUUGACCAGGAGAAACACGUGUUGAGACACAUGCAGGGACGACGAAUCAGUGGAUUGAGUCCUCCAUCCUCCCCCAGGGGGAUUGGACUGACAGUUGCGUGGCACGAACCCACCCGGGCUGAGGAAAGAAAGGAAGAGACCAUCAGUGAACUCAAGAAUCAUUUGCAUGGAGUGAAAUCGCGACAAAGUCAGAGUGAAGUUGUGUUGAGCAAAAGUGCUAAGGAAUCCACACGAGGGCUUUACUCUAAACCAAAAACGGUGAAAGUGAACGUGUUUCCGAAUGGUGAGGGAAAGCAACGAAGUGUAGCUGCUUUUGGGGCCACCAUGCAAGAGUUGUUAGAUGCAAGUACUGCUCGCUUGAACUUAAGUAGCGCUGCUAGGAGACUUUUUACACUGGAUGGCGACGAGAUCACCAAUUUCGACGAAAUAGAAAGAGAUGAGUAUGUUUGUGUAAGCUGUGGUGAAGGCUUUCUUCGUGCAACAGAUCGUCAGCAUCGUCAGGAACUUAAAGCCACCUGGUCUCGUUUGAACAGACAGUCUGGUGGUACAGUGAUCCCUGGAGAGGGACCGGUGACCAGAAACAGUGUAACAUUUGACAACACAAUCCUUGCCCUGCCUGCCCCAGUCUCUCCGCCACCUCCGUCACGUGUUCCACCGUCACCCACAAGACAAAUGUCUGUUCAUCGAAUGUCCAGCCGCCAUCGAUGAUCGAUCGACAGUUGUCAAUCAACGCACUAACUGUUUUGUACUAUGGAUACUGUUGGCAUGAAGAGUGGGAUCUAUUUAAAUAAUUUUGUAUAUUUCAAGAAAAUAUUUAUGGUGUAAAAAUCGUACUGUUGUAAAUAGGAAGAUUAACAGAAUAAUUUGGCGUUCUUCUUUCAUGCAGAUGAAAUGCAACUUUUUUUACGCUGAUGUCAUGUUUGGAAUCGUGUGAAAUUGUAUGACUGGUUGUGUUACAACGUAACGAGAAACUGUUUUGACAGGGAAUGGUUUCAGGUUACAGAGUAACAACCCUUCUUGGAAAAGCUAAAAAAUAGAUUUUUUCUUUAUUUUUAGA